AUGAGGCUUCUUCACGCCAAACACCAGAAGCUUAUACUCCAGUGCUACCCACCUGGGAAAAGCGUGGACAAAAAACCCAAUCCUCUGGAGCUCAGCUAUCUUUUAUAUUACGCGAGCACGCGGCGGGUCAAGUUGGAGAAGGUGAUUGACUUUUUGGCCCACAAAACCAAAAGUGACGCUGGUAGAAACAGGUCGGGCAAUCUACAAGUUACACUCAGUAUAAUUGCCGCUCUUAUUGACAAAUGCUCCAAUAACUUGAACGUGUUUGCACUGCAAGUGUGCAAAAUCAUGUUGGCCAUUCUAAACACACAGGAGUUGCCGUUAAUUCGCCUUCUCGUGCAGACAUAUGGAGUCUUAUGCAGCAAGCUUGAUGGUGGGUUAUUUUCCGGAGAUAAGGAUUUUGUCGACUUGUUUUGCCAACUCUCUACUGGAUUGAUCUCACAGGGCGUCAGUAAACUGAACCAGCCCUCGCUCAAUGUUCUAGAAUGGAAACGUAUUUCGUUGGCCACAUGCCGCCAUCUGUUCAAAUGUAUUGGUUACAAUACCCACGUGAGCAAGAGUUUACUUUCUUUAUGUGUGCCCCUUUUGACAGAGCAAGUACACUCUUCGUCCUCCCAUGACGAUUUGCUUAAGCGUCUACACGCCAACUUGAAUGUGGAGAAUGACGCUGACCGCCGCUUAAGUAAAUCUGUUACUGGUCGCAGCAUGUCCAAAAUGUAUCGUGUAAAGAGCAAUGCAGAUACAGACUCGCUUAGCGAGGAUGACUUAAACGUGGAAGCCCUCUCGGCAUUGCGAACUUUGUUCAAUACUACUCUUUCCAGUCAGAUUUCUGAUGCAACUAAAGAGGUUGUGGAAAACAACUUGAAGCUGUAUCCUAAUGAAGAAGAGUGGGGCACCACCUUUUUGGAAAUGUGCGCUUCGUGGAUCCCCGUGCAAUUGCGUUUUAUUACAUUGCUGACGUUAUUGAAGAGCAUAACUGUCACUUCAGAAAAAGUGAGCCGCAGCACUGAUGCCGCUCAUUUGAAGUCGCACUUUGCUCGCAUGGUGCAUUUUGCCAAAAAUAUUCUGGGCCUUGUCUCAUCCGACUUCAAUAUGAUUGGCUUGUCAAUCACGGACGUCACCCAACGUUUGCUAAGCUUGCAGACUUUCUUGCACUUAAUGGCGGCAGACAAUCUCCCCGCUGAUAAAGUGGCAUACCUAAGCAGCAUUUAUUCCGAAUGCAUUUGCAACUUGUCUAGUCAUAUCUACUAUUUUGAUCAGGUACUGGAUUCAAUCGAGGCAAUCUUGGUGCACAUGGACACUGUACUCAUUUCCACAACAGCGGAUAAUGUGGAGCAAGUUUAUGGAUUGGUUUUGCAUUUGCUUGAUGAUGUCUCUACAGUAUUGAACUUGUUAUCAGCUAAGUCGAGUGCCAUUAUUCGCAAUAGAGCGACUUUGGAAAAUUGGAGUGUGAGUUUGCAACUACUUUCAUUCUCUCUCUCAUACAAGGAGUUUCUGGAGCACGGUACAUCACAACAGAUCACGCAGAUUCAAGCGAAAUACCUUGCUGUAUUCAAUCUAUUCUUGGAGAAGGAGCUCGUUAAAAGCGAUUCUCCAGAGCAGUCUGAUUCAAAAAUAGGUGAAAGAGAUGAUAUGUUGGUUCCCAACUUCAAUGAUUAUUUGGAGAACAGCCAAAAUAUCUUGGCUCAUUUGCUUGUGCACUGCAAUGAUUUUUUUGAGGACUCAAUUCUCAACGUGAAUGUUGCAGCGCAGCUUGUAUUGUCAUUGCGCUGUAUUUUGCAUGCAACAGGUGCUAACUUCAUUCACAAUUUCUUGCCCUUUUUCCAACACUGGCAACAACUGACUUAUUCUCUGUCACUUCUGCGCCGAGUCAAAGAUACUCUGGCAUAUAUUCUUUUGCAGGAUCUGGUGGAGGUGCUUGAGUCCAAAUACAACGAUUGUUUCAAGCUGGAUGUCCACCUGUUACCAUUGGCCGCUUUCAUCUCGGAGGAUAUAAUCUCUCGCCGCGAAAGAGGUCAGUGGGUGUGUGAACUUGAUGGAACCAGCUCAACCCCUAAAAUAAUUCCAGGAGAAUUACUGAUGAAGGUAAACAAAAAGUCUAUUUUCGAUUUUUUCUCUCAUAUAUCAUUGCAUGGAUGGACACCCUCGCAAGGACCAUUCCGUGAAGCCGAUGUGCUUCUCGAGAACGGGAACGGCUAUUCUGAACAUUCUAUGAACGGACAACUCCACGCGCAAGAUUUUCGACCAGUGAACACUAAACCAGUAGGCGCUGGCCUUGGUUUAGGUACUGUGAGUGACAUCUCUUCUAUUCACUCAGGCUUGGCUAACCAAAGUUCACGUGCUAACGUUGGCUCGGCAGACGUAACACAAGCUACCAUUGAAACACGUUCAAUGAUUUCUCUUAUGGCACGCGAAGAGCACCGGGUGCCGCGGGUGGCACCUUUGAAGCUCAGCUUGAAUGGCCUUAGCAUAUCAGGCGCAUCCAGUCCUUCAGUGCUUGAAAAGCAAAUUCACACCACUGACGUGCGCUCUAUUUUGGACGGUCUUGAUAGUGACGAUGAUCGAGAGAUUAUUGUAUAA